AUGUGUCCGCUGGUUCGCGUCCGGAGCUGGGAGUCGUCAGCCGAGCGUCGUGGCGAGACAUUCAGUUCCAUGCGAACAUCGGCCAACGGCAUGCUGACUCUUGCGAAGGCCGGAAAAGUUUCUUUCAGGCACAGGACAGGGAUUGUUGAGACACUCCAUCGGACAGGCUUAUUUGCGUUGGAAAGUGUGGCUCGAAAGAGCUCAUUCCUAGGGCUGACUCAGGAUAAUGGAUCCUGUGGUGACAUCUACAAGGCCUGGGCGGCCACGGAUCAGCGUGGAAGUGAAGCCUGA